AUGUUCGAAGGAUUGAGGAGGAAAGUUCAGCGUGCCUUUGCGAAAGAGGAUGACGGCCAGCAGGAGGCUGUACCAGAGAACCAAACACGUAGGAUACUCGAGAAGCCAUUCCAGAUCUCGAUAGGGCUGACUAGGAUCACAGAUACUUCGCAAGGCCGCCAGCGCAAUGACAUGGCCAAGACACGUGAUGGCCGCUUGCGAAACAUCUUAUUCCCAGAAGAGCGUCGUUCUCACGAGGGGGAGCCCUGGACUGAGGCAGGAACUCGAGAAUUGGCAAUUUUAUACUUCUUCGGCCAUUACGAGUUCCGGACCAAUGCAGGCAUGCUCUCGGAGACCGCUACGGCGCUUCGCGGAACGCCUAGGACGGAAGAGGAUAUCAGGACCAUGAGCAUUGAUUUCCACAAGCCGGAAUGGCGAGACGGGCAUAUCUAUGUCUCGAGAGCUACGGAAGCAGUGGCAUCUGCACAAGAAAUGGCCGGUACAAACUGGCAAGUGAAGAGCGUGUUCAAGCGCGCAGAAGAGGCUUGGAUGGCAGCACAGGAGUACAGCCCGGAGAGCCCGCUAGGAAAGCUGAAGGUGUGGCAUGGACCAAAUGCCGCGCCACUGAAGGUUCCCGGCACGAGAAUUGAGAAGCUCAAGAAGCUAUCGGAGGUGUUUGUUGUGCUCGAAGAGCCGAAGAAAGAGGAGAACGACCCGAUUGAAAAUACUUCCUUCAAAGUACAUCGGGAAAUCGAAGUCAACGACCCCGGAUCGGAUGACUUCGAGAAUAUCGGUCUUGAUUGA